AUGUUUUCGGAGUACAAAAAAGAUAUAGUAUUACUUAUAAAACAACAAGAAGAAAAUAUGCUUAAACUCAUCAGUGCAAACGCAAAAAUAACGAGCGACCGACAACAAAAAGCUGAAACAAACAUUAAUUACAGCAUGGAAAAAAUUAAACGAUUGGAAAAGGAUGUACUUGAUAUAAAGGAAAGAGUUUGUCAAAACGAAGCACAUAAAAGCGACGAGUUUAUCGACUUUAAAAAAAAAAUUAGACAAAUUGAGGAUCGAUCACAAAGAAAUAACCUUAAGAUUGAUGGCAUCAAAGAAAAUGAAAAUGAAAUAUGGUCUAAAAGUGAAAUAAAAGUGAUUAAAGUUUUUCAGGAGUCUUUAGUAGUGGAAAAUGUGAGAAUUGAACGAGCGCAUCGCAGUGGACGCCGAGACGCAAAAACACCACGCACAAUUAUUAUUAAGCUGUUAGAUUACAAAGAUAAGGUAGAAAUUUUAAAAAAUUCUUCUAAAUUAAAGGGUAAAAAUAUCUACAUAAACGAAGAUUUUUGCUUCGAAACGAACUUAAUUAGAAAAGAUCGUAGAGAAAAAAUGAAAAUUGAGCGGCAACUGGGAAAAUUUGCACAUAUGUCAUACGAUAAGCUAAUUGUACGCGAAUGGGUGUCUAAGAAAACAGAAGAAAUCCCGAAUCGGUGUCAAAAUAUUAAGGGUUAG